AUGGUGGAGCUUCCCGAAGAUGAUGAUGGGUAUGGCCUCUUUCGCACAGUGACCCCACAUACUCCUACUGCACCAGCUGCGUCUACUGCCAGGAAAGCUACCCCUGGCCCUACUAAGGGGAAACCGAAAAAGCGGGCUGCCAGUAGCACAGGUUCGGCCGCCCACAAACAGGCACAUGGGUCAUCGAUGGCACUAGACCUCCCAGAUGAUGAUGAUGCUGGCUUUCAGAUUUCACAACCCUGCUCUGUUUCAAAACCCUCAACUUCGUCUGCAAGAGUUCCAAGGGUACCAGGUGGUCAGUCUGAUGAUUUAGUUUUGGACUGUGAAGAUGCAACACUGAAGAUUGCAGCUAGCAACAUAGACUCUGUGAUUCAUCACCCGCACCAAGAUUUGAUGAAGCUGAUGGAGUCGCCCGACCCUGAACCAUCGGCACGAUGUCAUGCAUGGGAAUUCUUUAGCAUUCCCAGGAUAACCCCAAAGAUUAGAGAGCUUGGGGGCCGAGCUCGACGUAGCUAUGACCUUCGACAUUUCUGGGAUUUGGGAGAGGCUGAAUUUAUUAGAGUGGCCAUCCAAGACUUGCUCUUACUUCGACCCCUGUUCAUCAUCCUAUCACCACCCUGCACUAUGCUGUCACAACUCCAGCAUUCAAACUGGAAAAGGAUGAAGGUAGUGCAGCGCUGGGUGCGCCUCCUCGAAGGGCUUCUUCUGAUUGACAGCGGGAUGUGGAUGGCAGCCAUUCAGAUUCUCCUCGGUCAUUUUUUCAUCUUUGAACACCCUGCUUACUCACUAGCUUGGGAACGCGAGUCAGUAAAGAAUGUUCGUGAUCAAGAAGGAGUAGUGCAGUGCUUCUUCGACCAAUGCCAAUUCGGCCUUGUUUCACCAGGUGGUAUCCCCAUGAAAAAAGCAACUUGUCUUCUCACCAAUAGCAGGGCUGUAGAAAAGGUGUUCAAGGACAAAUAUUGUGACCAGUCCCAUUCCCACCAGAGGAUUGAGGGAUCCGAGCAGGGUGUGCGACGCUCCCAAUUUGCACAGGCUUAUCCCUCACCCAUGGUGAAUGGCAUUUGCACAGCCAUCUUGGAAGAGGCCAAGAAUUUUGAAGCCUUUCAGCUCCGCAAUGUCGACCACACUCAAGCUGCAGCUUGUGGUCCAGUCGAUACUCCAUGUGAUGCUCCUGUGCCGUCAGAGGUGGACACAGCGACCACAUUGGCUUUGGGGUCGAUCUUUGACGCAACCUAUGAAGAUGUCACCAAGUUGAUAGAAAGUGCUGGUGGGCCACGACAGUUCCUACACCAGUCUUUCCCAAUCCGGGCGGAAAGGCACAGUCGAAUCGCUGCAGUUCUGAUGAAAGCCAUAGGUGCAGAGGAUGAACAAGCCCCUUUCUUCUUGCCCCUUUGGGCAUUCAGCGCUGAGACAGAAAGCUCCCUUCGUGAACCACCAACCCUGGAUGUCACCACAAAGUUGAUCAACAACUUUGAACGAGUCCCACAAGUUCUGAAGAAUUCUUUGCAGCGGAUCAAAUGCAAGCAUAUCCGAUUGAAAGAUCGGCAAUCUGAGCUGUUCUUCAACAUGAAGCGGAGUGCCAAGAGCAGCAUCAGGAAUGAUGAUGCCCCCAAGCAUGACCGAAUUGUUGGCUUCAAGGCGAGUGCGGCCAAGGUGCUGCUUGAAUUGCCGGAACCUGCGCGCAACUGGCUUAAGAACUCAAAAGAUUCGGUCACCCUGUUGUUUGAGAUGGUUCAUGCACAAUUCUCCAACACUAAACCUGAACACCGGAGACGAGUGACCAAGCUUGAGUUGGAAGGCAAGGCAGAGGUGACUGCAUGCGCAUGUUCUGUUGUGGAAGAGCUCACCGCACAGAUCCCCAAUGUGGAAGAAGCACUUCGCACAAAGUUGCCCGGCCAUAUCUUGUGGGGCAAUACUUGUACUCCCUAUUGUGUUUGUUAA